CAGCACAAAAAUAGUAAUCAUAAAAUAUUUCCAUUGCACGGAUCAGACGCAUGGCACGACAUGUAUACAGUAUUAUUGACAGAAGCCUUUUGGUUGAGCAGAUGUAAAGAUUAUAAAUUCUAAUAAUUUUAAAGGCCACUUGACCUUUCUUAGUCCUCGGGCAUUGCAGUUUGCUGUUAGUUGAGUUGAGGCGAGGCGCGCUGCAAGGGGAUUAAAUGAAAGCACAUGAUGCAGCCACCAUGUGAGCAGUCAAAGAAUUGGACUAAGUGGACUCUCUUUCUUCACUUUGCCUCUCUGUAAACCGGCUGGUUGGUCGGCGUGCCGGGCUGGGUCGAGCAGUCAUGGCGUCACCGCGGCUGGAGACCUUCUGCUGCUCCAACCGGGACGCGGCCACCGAGCUGGUGGUCACCUUCCAGCCGCUCCUCUUUGGCGUUCUGACGGCAGUCAGCGCGGGAGUCAGCGCGCUCUUCGCCCUGCUGCAGAUCCUGCCCAAGAGGAAAGGCUACAGGCGGCUCGGACAGUAUCCGCUGCCCAGACCAGCCUCGUCGUCGCGGAUACUUUUCAUUAUCAGCGUCUGUGACAUUUUGGGAUGUGCAGGUAUUCUUUUGAGGUCUUCUCUAUGGUUGGGCCUUCCCAACGCAGUUGAACAAAUCUCUGUGGCCAACAGCACCGACGCUUGGCCGGACGUCCUCUGCCUUGGCAGCGCAAUGUGGAUCCAGUUGUUCUACAGCGCUUCCUUCUGGUGGACCUUUUGUUACGCAGUCGAUGUCUUUCUGGUGGUUAAGACAUCUGCGGGAAUCAGCACCAUUAUCCUGUACCACAUGAUCACAUGGGGUCUGGCUUUGCUGUUGUGUGUGGAGGGCGUGGCCAUGCUCUACUACCCCUCCAUCUCCAAUUGUGAGCAAGGCUUCCAGCACGCUAUCCCUCACUACGUCACCACGUACGCACCCAUGCUGUUAGUCCUCGUGGCCAACCCCAUCUUCUUCAAUCGCACCACCUCCGCGGUGACAUCGUUGCUGAAAGGACGUCAAGGGAUCUACACGGAAAACGAGCGCCGGCUAGCUAACGCUAUCAAAAUCCGCUUCUUUAAAAUCAUGCUAGUCUUCUGUAUUUGCUGGAUUCCCAACAUCCUCAAUGAGGGCCUCCUCUUCUACCUGGAAAUGCAGGUGAACAUUGGUGACAGCGGCCUAAGGAAUAUCAGGAAUGCUGCUCUUAUCACGUGGUUUAUCAUGGGGAUCCUGAACCCAAUGCAGGCCUUUCUCAACACGCUGGCAUUCCACGGCUGGACGGGUUUCGACGUGGACCUGAGCCUGCGAGGUCGCAGGGACCCGGUCUGGGAGUCGGCAUCCACGUCGGCUGCCAACGGAGGUGGACGCGACUCAAUGUUGGGCACGGCCCUGCUCUACCAGAGUCACGUGCAGGAGGCGAAGAAAAACAUGAACGGCAACGGGCAGCUGCAGUCCGACGCCAUCAGCGUCCUCUCAGAAGGUUCAGAAUCUAGCACAGUUGAAAUCCACAUAUCCAGCGAGCUACCAGACUAUGGCGAUAUAGAUGCUGAUGAGGAAUCCUUGGGGACGUCAGGGAAGCACUAGCCAACGUCACAUCGCUCUAAACUACUGUUGCUGGUAAAAAAAAAAAAAAGUACACUGGGAGAUUUCUGUAGCACAGCUCAUUUUCUACUUCUCUCGUGUAGCCACAUACAGUAACCUUGAGAACAUUAGAAGCGUGUUGUUGACUGGUAAUUAAGAGAUGGACGUAGUAUUUUCUUGCUUAUGUAGGUUCUAUUUGUAUUUUUUAGGGAUAUCACUAUACUCCAUGCUGCCUAGUUAAUGUUUUUUGCACUUUUAUUCUUAUUAAAUAUCCAGUUUAUUAUCGAAUGUGUUGUGAAUGCACAGAAAAAAAAAAUAGAGCUAAUUACAAUCUUUUUCUUUUAAGAAGACAAAGAUGAUUUUUUUUUUAAACAUACUGUUGUAAUUCUACUUACGAAAAUAAAUUGGUUCUGAUGGUAGCUUCAUAAUUUGAAAAUUCAGUAAGUAGAGACGCGUUUUCCAUGUAUAUGCCCUCAUCUGUUCCAAGCCCCCCAAAAUUCUGACAUCUUUUAUAAUGCAUAAAAAUGCAUCAAAAUAUGUAACAAAUACAUGUUACAAAUAGAUUAUUGCACAAUAAACAUAAAAUCGUAGUUGUGCAUAAUAUAAAAAAACAAGAAUGAAGAAAAAGUUAAUACACUCAUGUAAAGCUGUUGCAACAC